AUGUCCUGGCAGAGAUUCGUGGGUAGACGAGACAACACAUGGAAUGUGCUCUCCGACAACGAGUCCAAAUUCCUCGGUGCACAAAAGGAGUUGAGCAACUGGUUAAUGCGGUUAGACAAAUGCGCCCUGCAAGACCGACUGUUGCCAUCUGGAACCCAAUGGCACUUCCACCCACCCUACAGCAGUCACCGCGGAGGAGUUUGGGAACGCCUUAUACGGUCGGGGCCGGACGAUGAAACUUUGAGUACAUUUCUGGUAGAUGCCGAAAGGAUACUCAACAACCGACCGCUUGUACCCGUCACCAGCGAUGACCUGCAAGAGCCGGCGCCUACUCUCUAUAACCUUGUGCUUUUGAGGUUCAAUGAGAUUAUAGAGAUGGUAAAAGCUAUUGGUGGCUGCUAUACCUCGGGGUUGGAACUACCUGACCUGGCUGUUUUGGAAGCGUUGGACAAGAGAGUACCUGCCAGCCCUUCAAGCCCGAAAGGAGUGGUUGCAUAG